AAGCAGUGUGUGGACCCUCAGUCUCUGGAGCUUUGUGUAUCCGUCAGCCGUGGCCUGGAAUGUGUCGUGGUAUCUAUGGAAACCACCAGAGAUUUCUCGAAACUUACUUGAAACCGUUUCCUGGUUAUUACUUCACGGGUGAUGGGGCAUUCCGCUCUGAUGAUGGUUACUACCAGAUAACUGGUCGGAUGGAUGAUGUCAUCAACGUCAGCGGUCAUCGUCUCGGGACAGCAGAAAUAGAAGACGCUCUGGAUGAACAUCCAUCGGUUCCAGAAACAGCUGUGAUUGGAAUCCCACAUGUCAUCAAAGGAGAAGUUCCCUUUGUGUUCAUGGUGUUGAAGGAUGGAGUUUGUGACGACCCCCUCGUCGUGGUUCAGCAGCUCAGAGAGGUCGUUGUGACUAAAAUCGCAAAGUACGCCGUCCCUGAGCACUUCCUGGUACAACCCCGGCUCUGAUUAGAUUCAUGAUCAAC